CCGCGCGCCGCCGGCGAAGCCUUAGCUAGACCGCGGUCUCGGCUCAAGCAACAAAGUAACAGGUCCGGGCGGUCAAGUAACCGGUUGGCAAAAAAAGAAGGAACCAAACCGAACCGAUGAUUCUUCAGGAGUUAGGGCUCAUUCUAACUAUUAACCGUUACUCGUCGCCAUUUUUCUCUUUUGGUUUAUUCGGCUCAGUGGCCACUCUCUUUCGUAGUUCUUCGCCCCACGAGUUCUCUGUUUUUCUCACUUUUUUUCACUCUCCACUGCUGCUUAAUCGAGGAUUCUUCACGUAUUUUCUUCAAGUAAUUUGAAUGACGGCGAGACUGCUGAACGACGCAGUCACGACGCUUCAACUGCUUGCAUUUCACCGUCGGACUCCUCGAGUCUUUUAGUUGUUGUUUUUCUUUCUACUUCUUGUUGUGUUCUUCAUUGAUCGAAGAUGAAUAGAGCACAAGUGGAAGGUCUGGUGUUUACUAAACAACCAUACAUUGAGGAUGUUGGGCCUCGUAAAAUCAAGAGCAUGCAGUUCACUACCUUCUCCGGAGCUGAAAUUAGCAAGUUGGCUGAAGUUCAGGUGUACAAAGGUUUAUAUUAUGAUACUACUCGAAAACCCAUCGAUGGCGGCUUGUUGGAUCCUCGAAUGGGGCCUGCUAAUAAGGGCUGCAAGUGUUCUACAUGCCAUGCCAAUUUUGGUGACUGCCCAGGACAUUAUGGAUACGUGAAUCUCUCUCUCCCGGUUUUUAAUGUUGGUUACUUUACUACAAUAUUGGAAAUACUCAAGUGCAUUUGCAAGUCAUGUUCGCGUAUACUUUUGGAAGAGAAGCUUUAUAAAGAUUUCUUGAGGAAGAUGAGAAAUCCUAAAUUGGAAGCCUUGCGGAAGUGUGAUCUUGUGAAGAAAAUCAUAAAGAAGUGUUCUACCUUGACAACUGGCAAUAAAAGCACGAAGUGCUCCAGAUGUGGAUAUUUAAAUGGUUCGGUGAAGAAGGCUGUAUCUAUGUUGGGCAUACUGCAUUAUCGUGCGAGAUCCAAGGAUGCUGGGGUGGUAUCAGAGGAUCUUAGGGCACCCUAUAACGUGUCUAACGAUAUUCUGAACCCUUUUAGAGUUCUUUGUCUUUUCCAAAGGAUGUCAGAUGAGGAUUGUGAGUUACUUUUUCUAUCCGAUAGACCUGAGAAACUCAUAAUUACUAAUGUUCUAGUGCCCCCUAUAGCCAUUCGUCCUUCUGUAAUUAUGGAUGGUUCUCAAAGCAAUGAAAAUGAUAUAACUGAGAGGUUAAAACGAAUUAUUCAACAGAAUGCUAGUGUCAGCCAAGAGUUAUCAACAUCAAACUCACAAGCUAAAUGCCUGGAAUCUUGGGAUAUGCUUCAAAGUGAAGUUGCACAACUAAUAAAUAGUGAUGUCCGUGGUAUUCCAUUUACAAUGCAAGUUAGCAAACCGUUGGCUGGUUUUGUUCAACGUCUUAAAGGAAAGCAGGGACGGUUUAGAGGCAAUUUAUGUGGGAAGCGUGUUGAGUUCACGGGCAGAACUGUCAUAUCACCUGAUCCUAAUCUGAAAAUUACAGAGGUUGCAGUUCCCAUACACAUGGCUCGAAUUUUAACUUAUCCUGAACGUGUUACCAGCCACAAUAUAGAAAAGUUGAGACAAUGUGUCAGCAAUGGUCCUGAUAAAUAUCCUGGUGCAAGGAUGCUUAGGCAUCUUGAUGGUUCUAUGAGGUCAUUGAUGAUUUCAGGUAGAAAGCGGCUUGCUGAUGAACUGAAAUAUGGUGAAAUAGUUGAACGUCAUCUUGAAGAUGGAGACGUCGUUCUUUUUAACAGACAGCCUAGUCUACAUCGAAUGUCUAUCAUGUGUCAUAGGGUAAGAGUUAUGCCUUGGAGAACGUUGAGAUUCAAUGAAUCUGUUUGCAAUCCCUAUAAUGCUGAUUUUGAUGGUGAUGAGAUGAAUAUGCAUGUUCCACAAACAGAGGAGGCUCGCACAGAGGCAAUUCUGUUGAUGGGGGUGCAAAAUAAUCUAUGCACUCCCAAAAAUGGGGAGAUUUUAGUUGCUUCAACUCAGGAUUUCUUGACAUCAUCUUUUCUCAUCACAAGAAAAGACACAUUUUAUGACCGUGCAGCAUUUUCUCUUAUGUGUUCUUAUAUGGGAGAUGGCAUGGACUUGAUUGACUUGCCUACACCUGCUCUGAUCAAACCUAUUGAGCUUUGGACUGGCAAACAAUUAUUUAGUGUCCUGGUUCGCCCGCAUGCAAGUAUGAAGGUCUAUCUGAAUCUUACAGUUAAGGAGAAAAGCUACAGUAAAGUUAAGGGAAAUGAAAAAGAACGAGAAACUAUGUGCCCUAAUGAUGGAUUUGUCUACUUCCGAAAUAGUGAGCUAAUAUCAGGCCAAGUUGGAAAGGCUACUUUAGGCAAUGGCAACAAGGAUGGGCUUUAUUCUGUUCUACUUAGAGAUUACAAGGCACAUGCUGCUGCUGUUUGCAUGAAUCGUCUUGCUAAGCUGAGUGCUCGGUGGAUAGGUAACCAUGGUUUCUCUAUUGGAAUUGAUGAUGUCCAACCGGGAGAUCAAUUGGUUAAAAAAAAACAAACAACUAUAUUGGAGGGUUAUCGUGACUGUGAUAAGCAGAUCAAUUUAUUCAACACAGGAAAUUUACCUCCUGAAGCUGGUUGUGAUGCUGCUCAAAGUUUGGAAGCUAAAAUAACUCAAAUUUUAAAUGGUAUUCGGGAGGCCACUGCAAAUGUGUGCAUGCAAAACCUACAUUGGAGAAAUAGUCCGUUGAUUAUGUCUCAAUGUGGUUCCAAAGGAUCUCCUAUUAACAUUAGCCAGAUGGUUGCUUGUGUUGGUCAGCAGUCAGUUGGGGGCCGCCGUGCGCCAGAUGGAUUCAUUGAUCGGAGCCUUCCCCAUUUUCGUAGGAAAGCAAAAACUCCGGCUGCCAAAGGCUUUGUUGCAAAUUCAUUCUACAGUGGCUUGACGGCGACAGAGUUCUUCUUUCACACGAUGGGAGGACGAGAAGGCCUUGUGGAUACAGCGGUGAAAACAGCCGACACUGGUUACAUGUCUCGUAGAUUGAUCAAAGCACUGGAGGACUUAUCAAUUUAUUAUGACAGCUCUGUACGAAAUGCUGGUGGAUGUAUAGUUCAAUUCUGUUAUGGAGAUGAUGGAAUGGAUCCAGCACAAAUGGAAGGAAAAAGUGGAGCACCUUUGAAUUUUGAGCGGCUGUUUUUGAAAACCAAGGCUACGUGUCCAAGUGAUGGAAACAAAAUCCUGUCUCCAUCAGAAUUUUCUGAGACGGUAGAAGACAGGCUCUCAAAAGAUGAUGCUUCUCCUGAGUGUGGUUGCUCUCCAGCAUUUAUUGGUUCUCUCAAGAUUUUCCUCAACAAAUACAUUGAAGCACAAAAAAAAUCAUGGAGCACAUUGUUGGCAGAUAAUGAAACAGCUGUAGACAAAAGCAUCAUCAGUAGUUCUGACAAUGACAAUAUUGUGAUUCGGAAUAAUGUAGUCCAGAAUAUAGCUGGUGUCACACACAGACAACUUCAGGUUUUUCUGGACACGUGCUUGUCCCGCUACCAUACCAAAAAAAUUGAAGCUGGAACUGCCAUUGGUGCCAUUGGAGCUCAAAGUAUUGGCGAACCUGGGACACAAAUGACAUUAAAAACUUUUCAUUUUGCAGGAGUUGCUAGCAUGAACGUUACACUUGGUGUUCCACGUAUCAAAGAAAUUAUAAAUGGAGCCAAAAGGAUCAGCACUCCAAUUGUCACUGCAGCACUUACGCAUGAUGAUAAUGUCAAUAUUGCCCGGAUGGUAAAAGCUCGAAUUGAAAAAACAAAUCUAGGACAGAUUGCCAAAUGCAUCCAAAUUGUAAUGAGUUCGAGAUCAGCUUUAAUAGAAAUCAAACUUGACAUGGAAAAAAUCAGAGAUGCAGAACUCUACGUAGAUGCCAAUGUUGUCAAACAGGCAAUUCUCGUUACUCCAAAACUGAAACUGAAACAUGAGCAUAUCAAUGUUUUGGAUGAUAGAAAGUUGCGUGUGCUUCCUCAAGAUGCAGAUAGGAAUAAACUUCAUUUUAAUCUACACUUCCUUAAAAACAUGCUUCCUGGAGUUGUUGUAAAGGGUAUAAAAACUGUAGGGCGUGCCGUCAUCAAAGAGGAAAAAGACAAAGCAAGAAACGCCAAAAAGUUCAGUUUGUUGGUUGAAGGAACUGGACUUCAAGCUGUUAUGGGCACUGAGGGAGUUGACGGGUGUAACACAAAGAGUAAUCACAUUAUUGAAGUGCAACAAGUACUUGGCAUUGAAGCUGCAAGAAAGUGUAUUAUUGAAGAGAUCAAAUAUACCAUGGAAAGUCAUGGAAUGAGCAUAGACAUACGUCAUAUGAUGCUUUUAGGAGAUUUGAUGACAUUCAGGGGUGAAGUUCUUGGAAUCACAAGAUUUGGCAUUCAAAAAAUGGAUAAAAGUGUACUGAUGCUUGCUUCAUUUGAGAAAACCGCGGACCAUCUUUUUAAUGCUUCUGUGAAUGGAAGGGAUGACAAAAUUGAAGGAGUUAGUGAAUGCGUAAUCAUGGGUAUACCAAUGCCGCUAGGCACUGGCAUGUUAAAAGUUAGACAAAGAGUUUCUGUGCCACGACAAUUACCUUAUGGACCACCUGCAAUUUUAUCUUGAGUUCAUUGACAUCGAGAAUGAUUUGGUCGAGUUGGAUGGCCUCAGGCAUGGAUGGCUUUCGGCUUUUACAAGUUGGGGUUUGUACAUAGUUGGAGUUUUAGUUUGUAUUCUGCUUUUUGUCAUAAAGCAAGCAAAGCGCUUACGUACUAUCCUAUCAAACUAGUUGUGAUAGGGCAAAAUUUUGACAUUAUUAUCAGGAUAGCAAACUUUCUACCUCAAUAGAGUAUAUAUUAGUCAUUGUUGAGCCGUGUUCAUAUUAGUAGCUGCAAGUAUGGUAUUCAUUAUCCGGACAUGUGUGUGGAAACUAUUUUCAAAACAAUAUGGUCUCUUGUUAUUUACUAUAUUUAUCUUAUUUUCCUA